GAGAAUCACGAAGAGGACAACGACUGAAGAAGAAGAAGAGAGGAGAAAUAAGCAAUGGGGAGAAAGAAGGGAUUACCGGAGUUCGAAGAGUCGGCGCCGGAUGGCUUUGAUCCGGAAAAUCCUUACAAGGAUCCGGUGGCGAUGGUUGAGAUGAGAGAGCACAUCGUUCGGGAGAAAUGGAUCCAAAUCGAGAAGGCUAAGAUCUUGCGUGAGAAGGUCAAAUGGUGUUACCGCGUCGAAGGAGUCAAUCACUACCAGAAAUGUCGUCAUCUUGUGCAGCAGUAUCUCGAUUCCACUCGUGGCGUCGGUUGGGGAAAGGACCACCGCCCUAUCUCCCUCCACGGUCCCAAACCAGAGGCUGUUGAAGCUGAUUAAUGUUGUGCACCUCAUUGAUCUGAGUGAUGCAGAUGUCUGUGCAUUUGAUAAGGGACAUAAAGUGGAAUCUUCUCACAAGCUAUUGGCUCCCUGAUAUCUUCCAAACUCUAUGCAGAUUUCUCUUGUUCUUAGAAACUUGUAGGUCUUCGGACCAACAGAUUCCUGUAAUUGAGUUUUGAGUGUUGUUACACUCCACAUCAUCGGUUUCUGAUAAUCAAAUAAGUCUCUUUCCGCUC